AUGAAUUUUCUUUUUUGCGUGAAACAUCCCUUGACUUUAUUUUUCCGCCCAAAUUCGACACUUCAUUUAACGUACUGUUCUCACUGUCUCCCUUUUCUGGCUCCCCUCCCACAAACAUACAAAGAUCUAUCUAUCUAUCUAUCUAUCUAUCUAUCUAUCUAUCUAUACAAGCACCAAGGAGAAACCUUGGGCAUUAAGUUGCCGUUUAUCGUGAUGAUUGUCAAAAACAUGAACAAACCAUUUACCUUCGAAGUGCAAGUGUUGGAUGAUAAAAACGUUCAACGGAGAUUCCGAUCAAGCAAUUAUCACCAUGUCACUCGAGUGUCACAUUCGAUUUGUACAAUGCCCAUGAAAUUGGAUUCAGGAUGGAACCAGAUUCAAUUUAAUUUGGCUGAUUUCACUCGACGAGCGUACGGCACGAAUUAUAUGGAAACCACAAAAAUACAAGUGAGCUGUCUCUUUCCGUCUCGCUCGCAAUCUAUCUAUCUAUCUAUCUAUCUAUCUAUCUAUCUAUCUAUCUAUGCUAUUCCUUUCGCCUAUUUCUUGCUAUUUAUUUAUCUUCACCCAAUCUGUUCUUCUCUGUUUGUGUCCUUAUUGCUGUAG